UUAUUCUUGGUUGAAAAGUUUGUAUAUAUACAGAUUAGUAAAACUUUUUAUCUGUGCUGAAUGAUUACCUCGAUAGCAAUGAUGACAUCUCCUGCUAAGCAUCCACACGGUGGAAUACAGAGGAUAAAACAAAAGAUGAAGCCUCGCCAACCCAUCCCAUCACUGUUCUCUGAGCCAAUACAAAUUCAUAAAAUAAAGAAAAAACUUGUCGUGUCACAAGACUCACAGAGAAGCACAGUGAAAUUGAAACCGUCCACAGUGGAUACAAACAGCAGUGAUGUGAAACAUAGAACGCCUCAGGAACAUGGCAUUUUAAAAAGUGAAACCAAAGAUCAUAAAAAGAUGUUUACCUCUAAGCAAUCUAACGCACACUCUCAGGAGAAGUCUCUCUCCAAAUUAUCAGCAAAAGAUGGGAAGUCCAGGCAGCUGAAUGACAUAAAUGGCCGUUUUGAGCAGAAUCAUAACAGUAAACCAAAAGUGAAAACCGAAUCUACUCACAAACAUGGCCAUAAGCAAGGGAUUGAAAAGCUGAAACAUAAGCCAAAAAAGAAAAUUCAUUCUGAAAAAUUAAAUGGAAGCACCAAACCUCGUACCAAUCCUGAUUCAAAAACUUCCAUUGCCCCAACAGACUCUCCUGUUAAAGAAAAGGUUGCACAAAAUGAAGAAAUUUCUUCACAGAACGGAGGAAUUACCAGUUUUAAUGAAAUCAAACCAAAACGAGAUAGAACUGAAAGCAGACACAGUGAACUUGGAGAUAAUGUGUUUGAUAAUAUUAUGAACAAUAAUGAUUCAGAAUCCCUAAUUUCCUCCGAUGAUGAAUCUCAAAGUAAAACGACUUUCACCAUUUCCGAAACUGGGCAAAUUGAAUCCAAAGACACUCUUUGUAAAAAGGAAGAAAUUUGUAAUUUAGUAGAAAAUUCACAAGAAGUCGUUUCACAAGACAAUAUUACCAAUGGUGAGGGUGAUCCUCAUGAUUUUUUGGUUGCUGAAACACAUGAAAUCAGUUGCCCUGAAGAGGAGGUAAGUAGUGUAGAAGUUAAUGGCAAAUUGUCGCCAUCUUUAAGUCAUGAACAAUGUAUAGAAACUGAUCAACACGCUAACCAUGAGCGUGAAACCACGAACUUGAAAACGCUUGAUGAACUUGCAAGUCGAAAUGAACUAAAGCUUUCCAAAAAGCGCAAAUUAAGCGUUUCAGCUGAAGUAAAGCAUAAACACAAAAAGCACAAGCACGACAGAGAGCGUAAGUUACAUAAACACAACCGUGCAGAUCGAGAACACAAACACAAGAAAAGUAAAAAACGCAUUAAAAGUGAAACUAAAGAAAACGGUCAUUUGUAUAAGGAAGAAUUUGAAAAGAGAAAAGAAUGCGAUAAACGUUUUGAUGAAGUGAGAAAUAUGAAAAUCAAAGAAGAGCUUCAAGAAGACUUUGUAUCAAAUGAGAAUUUUGAAGAAAAGAUUGCAAAGAUUGAAGCAGAAGGUACUUGCUUUGAAGAACAAACUAAAAGUAAAAUAGAUGCUGAAAAGCUUGCCUGUGAGGUGAAACAAGAGUUAAAUGUGAAGCAGGAACCCAAUUCAUGUUCCAGCUCAGAAGAUGAAUCUGAAACUAAACAAGAUAAAAAAGUUCCCUCUAUCGGUGUUAUAUCCAGGCACUUACGUCAAGCGUUAUCCUCCGAUGUUGAAAUUGUUGAUCGAUUUCCAUUCUCGGAUCCUAGUUUCCGUGAAUUCGUUCAUGUGGAAACUGACCCUAACGGAGAAGCAUCUGUUCUUCAUGUUUAUCAAUCUGAGAUUGAUAUUCUCUCACAAGAGAUGCAGAAAAAAUUUGCGCACGAUUUUUGCACACUAUGUUUCUUGGAAGAAAAAAAUUCAGAAGCUGACUUUGUUAUGGGUAUUGUGCAUGGUUCUGCAACUAACAUGCCAGAUUUUCUUGAGUACUUAUCUGAGAAGCGAGGUGACAUGCGAGUUAAAUCAGAAGUCCUCGGCCAGAGGGAUAUCGUCACCAUGAACAUCAGGGAGUUCAGGGAACAAGUUUGCAAGACUUUCUCUGUGGAAAGUGGAAUGUACAGGUAUGGCCCAAUGCGUCAGAUAAGCUUAGUUGGAGCUGUGCAUGAAGAAGCAGGUGGCUACAUGCCUGAUGUACUUGACAUGUUAGAAGAAAAUCCAUUCCUCAAUAUCACUUCACCAUGGGGUGCAAUGUCAUGUGUGGAUCUUGAAUGCCGUUCCUUAAGUAAUGACGGACCUAUCUUAUGGAUACGACCUGGUGAGCAAAUGGUUCCUGCCGCCGACCUAAAAGGAAUUGGUUCUCCUGCUAAAAGGAGAAGGUCACAAGUUGGUGGUUUACAGAAACUGGCGUUCCAAUACAGCGCACGAUCAAACGAUAUGAGAGAAACGUUCAUAGAGGAUAGAACUCACGCUCAUGCUGACCAUGUUGGUCACAUAACAGAUAGACAGACAACAUGGGCAGUUGGUGUAUUGAAAAGUAUCACUGCCGGCCACAAACCAAAAAUGAACAAGCUCUUGAAAGAUGUAAUUUGUUUCCACGCCUCUUCAUUCUUCAACACUUCUCAGACACUUCAACUUGAUCUAUUUGAACCACCUAUGUCCCAGUGUGUACGAUGGGUGGAUGAAGCCAAGUUAAACCAGAUGAGAAGAGAAGGCAUUCGCUACUCUCGCGUCAAACUAUAUGAUAAUGACAUCUACUUCAUUCCUCGUAACAUUAUCCAUCAGUUUCGGACAGUUUCAUCAUCCAGCAGUGUUGCAUGGCAUAUGAGAAUGAAGGGACUGCAUGGGGAACCUACGUAUAUUAAACCGUAGAUGCUUCAGUACUUCGUUCCUCUGCCUUUACUUAUGAGAUCUUUUUUACCCGACUGUGUUGCACAGUGUUGUAUGGUUGAGACCUUGCACUACUAUGAUCACUGCUCAUCUCGGAGAUUACAGUACACAGAAACCAACACAGUUGCAAUGUUAGAAAGACAAUUUUGAAUCAGAGUUUCUGCUUUGAAGCGACUUAGACUGCCUUCUGUAUUGUUUUUUUACCAAUCUUUUCCUAUAUCAGCAACGUAAUAUGAUUUAUUAAAGUGUUUCCUGUUUCAACACUCAAUUUCGCAAGUUGCUAUGCGAGAUCUACAGCUAUAAAUUUGUCCUUUUAGUUUUUUUUCCGUUUUGAUUUUAGUGAUGGCAAACAGUGCCUCUUUAACUGUGAAAAUUUUUAUUCCUUUGUGUCACUUGUAGUAAUAGAAUUCUAUGUCAAACUGCAGCCUGACACUAUUUAUUUGUUGUGCUCCUUUUCCUUAGAUACCAAAAAUCUGGAUAACAAGCCCAAUUUUUACUUGUUUUUUUUCACUGUAGCACUACUAUAACAAGUCUAACGGUUUGAUUUUAAUGGAUAAUACUCAACAGUUCCCUUUGUUCAAUUCGUAUCAGUAUUUUCUUCACUUUUAAGUUGCUUACUUGUUGCAUGGCCACCAAAAACGUUUGGAAUUGGUUUGAAUGCCCCAUGCUUUUGUUUCGUUCACAAAUUAGUUUUAUGCACUUUUUGAACUUUUUAAAAAGGCAUGUUUUAAAAUGUAUCAUCAAAUUUUUAAGUUCUAUCUAUUUGUAAACGUAGCAAUACUUCAAGGUGUUGGGAAGUGCAAAGCCUUGCAACAACAAUUUUCCUGCACAUUCACAUGCUUGACAAUAAUGUGUGUGCAAAUGGUGCUGUAAAAUAUUUCGCUAUACUAUUCUGUACAAAUUGUUUAUUUCUCUUUUUUAUUGAACUAAAAUUUAAUGUGUACAGGCCAGCCAUAGUUCUUAUUUCCUUGUUGAAAAACCACAUUAGCUGAAUCAUCUUAACGUUUUGUUUGACCAGGAACACGCUUCCUCAAGGGGAACUGUCAUCCUUUUUCCAAAUAAAACAAUUUGUAUAAUA